AUGGCCGUCAGACUGAACUGCCGAAGAGGCUAUCUUCAAGAUCCUAGGUCGUACACUAUGCAUAUCGAUCAAGAAGAGGCAGCUACAUGUCAUGAGAACACCACCCUUCAGUUGUCGGGGCAGCUCCCAGGCGACCAGAUAUGCGCCCGGCUCGGUCCUUCAUGCUUCCGCGCUCGGUAUAAUGUUGAACCAGCUAUGAAGCGCUGCUCUCCUACCCACCAUGAUGAAGAACUUCCACUUAUGGCCGUCUCACUUUCAAUCUACUUCUGA